AUGUCGACAAGAUCGUGCUACCACUCCCGCCAGACAAACGAGACCAAAAUCCAGCUCACCCUCUCACUAGAUGGCGGCAGCCUCUCUUCCCUUUUGCCAGAGGAUCCUGACUUGACAAGCUCCCACGCAACCCAAGCCUCUAAUUCCCAAUCCAUUUCCGUACGCUCAGGCAUCGGCUUCCUCGACCACAUGCUGCACGCCUUGGCGAAGCACUCUGGGUGGUCCCUAUCCCUGACUUGCCUUGGGGACUUGCACAUCGACGACCACCACACAGCGGAAGACUGCGCGAUAGCCCUUGGCAGCGCAUUUAAGCAAGCCCUCGGCCCGAUCCGCGGGUACAAACGUUUUGGCACGGGCUUCGCCCCACUAGACGAGGCGCUCUCGCGCGCCGUCGUUGACCUCAGCGGCCGGCCGUUCGCCGUCGUCGAUCUGGGAUUGAAGAGGGAGAAGAUCGGAGAUUUGAGCACCGAGAUGAUUCCCCACGUCAUUACAAGCUUCGCCGGCGCGGCUGGGAUCACUGUGCAUGUGGAUUGUCUUCGCGGCCUUAAUGACCAUCAUAGGGCCGAGAGCGCGUUUAAGGCUCUUGCUAUCGCUGUUAGGGAGGCGACGAGUAGGACGGGCGGGGAUGAGGUGCCUAGCACGAAGGGGGUGCUAUAAGUAGUCCUAGCGGGAAAGGCCCGAUAUCAUACCGGACUUUGCGAUGCUUUUUCUCUCUUCUUUGUUUUUACCUUUUUCUGGACAACUAAUGCAAUCGGCUGCUCCAGCGCCAAUUUCUCAA